GGCUCGGGGACGGCCCCUGUGUUUUGGUGGCUGUUUCGGGAGCCCAUACCCCCAACCUACUCAUCCCCUCUGGUCUCUGGCGGGCGCGCGCCGCUGCUCCCUGCACACAGAGCAGAGUGAGGCUAAUCUGCGAGCUCAGCUCAGCAGAGCGCGCCUCAGCUCCAGCUCGCAGGAAGGCCGCCUGCCAGCCCACCUGCCCUCCUACCCUCCUGCCCGCUAGUGCCUUCUCCCAGGGAGUUGGUUCCCGAGCUGCCCCAAUUUUCAGAGCCCCGGAAUCAACGGGUGUGUGAGCCGGAAGAUUGAACUUUACCCCCACCCCUGCCUCUUUUUAAAGUAGGGGUGGGUGUUUGGAGAGGGGCAAAGAGCAGAGCAGCCAUGGACUCCGUGAAUCAGCUGGCCUCUUCGGGGACCUUUCGGGUACUGAAGGAACCCCUGGCUUUCCUGCGAGCUCUGGAAUGGCUUUUUGCAAUCUUUGCAUUUGCAACAUGUGGUGGCUAUUCUGGCGCACUGAGGCUGAGCGUGGAUUGUGCCAACAAAACCGAGAGUGACCUCAGCAUCGACAUAGAUUUUGCCUAUCCUUUCAGGUUGCAUCAGGUGACUUUUGAGGUGCCCACCUGUGAAGGAAAACGGCGGGAGAAGCUUGCCUUGAUAGGCGACUUCUCAUCAUCAGCAGAAUUCUUCGUCACCAUUGCAGUGUUCGCCUUUCUCUAUUCGCUAGCCGCCACCGUCGUUUACAUUUUCUUCCAGAACAAGUAUCGUGAAAAUAACAGAGGCCCACUCAUUGACUUCAUCGUCACAGUAGUCUUCUCCUUUCUGUGGCUGGUUGGCUCAUCGGCUUGGGCAAAAGGACUGUCUGACGUCAAGGUGGCAACAGACCCAAAAGAAGUUUUGUUACUGCUGUCGGCUUGUAAACAACAGUCCAACAGGUGCAUGGCUGUCCACAGCCCCAUUAUGUCGAGCUUAAAUACUUCUGUGGUCUUUGGCUUCUUGAAUUUUGUUCUCUGGGCAGGCAACAUUUGGUUUGUUUUCAAGGAGACUGGAUGGCAUUCUUCAGGCCAGAGGCAUCUCUCCGAGUCGAUGGAGAAACAGUCCAGUAGCUACGGCCAUGGAGGAUACAACCGAGACAGCUAUGGGCCAAGUGGUGGGUAUAACCAGCCGGCAAAUCUGGGGCAACCUGCUGAGGAAUUUGGUCAGCAGCCUAGUGGCCCCACUUCCUUUUCCAAUCAGAUUUAACAUGGCAGAGUCUGAUUUCCUAUGGAGACCGUUUACCAUGAUCCAAUUCAAUGGCACAAGGAUUUUCUUUUUAUUAAGAGCUAGAAUCAAAUAUUAAC